AUGGCGACAAGUUCUAAAGCUGACGAAAAUCCAUCAAUAACAACAACUAUUGAUAAUCAUCUGCGCUCAAUUGUUUAUAACCCAUCAUUAAACUCAUUGAUUUAUCUUAAUGAUAAACAAGAAAUAAUUGUUCGUAGUGCUGAUCAACUAUCAACUCUAUUUCAUCGUACAUUACCUUUAAAUAAUACAAAUGAAUAUUAUGAAAUAAUAUCAUGCCAUGAUAAAUUUCUCUUAUUGACAUCAACACAUAUUCAUGUACGACAAUUAUAUCAAGGUCUGUACUUUCUGGAUUCAACUAUUGGCUCAAUAAAUGAUGAAAAUUGUCAUGUUCUUAUUGAAGUAACAUACGGCGAUGCACAAUUAUUAAUCCAAUUGUUAGCAACAUUAGAUUUAUCAAUAUCAAAUCAUAUCAGUGAAUUUUAUGAUUUAUUAAAAAAGAAAUUCAGUGAACAUGUAUCAUCAUCAUCGUGGAAUCUACUACAAUUUUCAUACGAUUGUCUUAAUGCAAUAAAGAUUUGUUUUGAUAUCUUACGUUUAUAUAAACAACAAAUACAACAAAAUCAAAACAUGUGUUCACCAUUACCUGGCAUUGUUGUUGUCGGUCUUUUACUUGAUUAUCUAACAAGAUAUUAUCAUCAUAAAAAAUCAUCAAUAAUAAAUACAGAUGAACAGAUUGGAUCAACAUUAGAAACAUCAUCGUCCCCAUCAUCAGCGACAGCAAUAACCGCACCGGCAACACCAACACCAACAGCUGCUAUAGCAGCACCAUUAACGUCGAUGACAACACCACCGAGUAGUUUUUUUAAUGCAGGUGGUAGAACUACUCGUGAACGCUUAAUGUUUAGUGAAGCAACACGAUAUAGAACGUUUACACUUUGGCCACAUGCAGCUUAUCGAUGGCUUUCACCAGAAAGUAUGGCUAAAGCUGGUUUUUAUUAUUCACCAUUGAAAGAUAAUGACGAUCGUGCAUUAUGUUUUGCUUGUACUGUCACACUUGUUUGUUGGGAACCAUCUGAUUCUCCAUGGACAGAACAUGGACGUCAUUCUCCAAAUUGUCCAUUUAUAAAGGGUGACUUUACUGAAAAUGUACCAUUACGUACUACAUGUUCAAUUCAACCCGGAAAGAAAAUUUUCUCUAAUCAACAACAACAAAAAUGGUUAAUUAAAUCAAAUGAAUUGAUAUCCAAUGAACAUAAUUUAUUAUUUUUAAAUUCUGAUUGGAUCCUACGUUCGGUUGAUACCACAAAUGUAAUUCAUAUAAAAACUAUCAUGUCAUUAAAAAAUCUUGUUGAGCAAUUAACAACAGAAAAUAUUCCUGAAGAAAACUACUUCUCAGAAAAUACUACUAAUAAUGAAACUGUAUUUAUUAAACAGUUUGAUCGUUUAACAACGAGACGUUAUUUUAAUUUAAAAUUUAUUCCGCUUGCGAUAACAAUGUAUCCAUUACCAAUUACAACUGACAAUGAAAGUUAUAUUAUUUUUUAUUUUGUUCAAUUACAUGAAAGUAAUAAAUGUCUGUUAAUAACAACGACAACAUUAAAUCAUUAUGACAAUACAAUUCCGUCACGUACAUCAACAAUAACUAAUAGUCCACACACUGAAGAACCUACAGAAACAACAGCAACAACAAUAGAUGAACAAACUAAAACAAAUAAUAAAUAUGAUUAUUUGAUUGAAUUUUCAAAUUUUAAACGAAUACCUAAACAAGCUUUUCUCUAUCAAUUAACUAAAACAAAAAUGUUACUUUUAAUAAAUACAACAGAAUGUAUUCAUGGUUAUGGUAUCGAAUAUGAUCAAACGAGUUUGACAUUAAAAGUAGUUUUUUACCAUUGUAUUUAUCAAUCAUCAACAAGCGACAUUGAUAUUGAUUCAAUAAAUUCGAUUGUAUUAGAUGAUGACGAUUUAAUAAAUACGGAUGAACAAUCAAUAAUUAGUGAUAAUGAGGAGAAUUUAGAAAUCGAACGUGACGAUAACAUCGACGGUACUGGUGAAUGUCAAAACAAAGAUCAAUAUUCAAAUAAAAUAUUAAAACGAAAAUGCUUUCUAAUUUGUUUUAAAUCUGGACAUAUAAUGCUUUAUGAUGUUUAUCGCUCGAUGGGUUUUGAUAAUAAUCAAGAGAAUCAUAAUAUUGGCAUUUUAGCAGAUAGACAAACAAUUGGAAGCGUUGAAAAAUGUGUUCAUAUUAGAGGCACGGAUACGAUUUAUGCGUGGAUUAUUGAUAUUGGCGUUAAAAAGUUCAAUAUUCGUGAUAUAUUUCCAACUUAUUUUACUAAUAUACAAUCCGACGAUAGAAAGACUACAUCGUCAAUCAAUCCGUCUCAAUCAAAAUCUUCCGCAGAUGAUCAAAAUUCGAAUUCCUAUUCAAUAUCAACCCUUCGUUCGCUUCUCUCGUUUACAUCUUUUGAUUCAUCACCUAUAACAUAUUUUUUUGCUCAAGUCAAUUCAUCAUAUUGGAUCGAUACACUUGAUACAACAAAAACAAAUAUUGAUCGCCAUACAUGGCGUUUACAGCAACCACAAAUAAAUCAACAGCCAUCAGCAAAUCAACAAAUCAUGCCUUGUGUACAUGUAUUUGAUAUACAAACAGCAACACCAUGCAUAUUACAUACAAUUGAAUUUCGUUAUACAUUAAAUCGACAACAUUUAUAUAAGAAAAAUUUAUUUGUUACUUUAUAUCGUUAUUCAAACGAACAAAAUGAAGUGGAUCAAAAAAUAGAAUUCAAUCAAUUGAAUUCGAAAUUGAAUUUUUCAAAUGAUGAUACACUUGCUGGUCCAUAUUCAUUAGUUGAUUAUUUAGAAUCGCCAACACAUGAUCAAGGUCUUAUACAAUUAUGUUCCUAUGAUUUAUUAACAUAUAAAUCAAAACAGUUUCGUCUUGUACUUGAAUCUAAAUGUUCAUCAACAACAAAUCAAUCAGCAAUUCAACAAAGUCUAUUUCCCAUUGAAAUUAUUUCUAUAACACUUCGUUCGACAAAACAUCAAGCACGUCUAUUACGUUUAUAUGAUAACUCAACAAUAAAUUGUUUAACAUCAACAAUAUUAACGACUAGAAAUGAAAAGAAAAUUCUAUUUUCAUUAAAUUUAUUAAUAUCAAUCGUUUAUACGACAAAUAAUUUUAAAAUUUUAAAUCAAAUUAAAUUUUUAUUAUUAAAUGAAACAUUUCUACAGCAUACAUUUGUAAAUGCAUCAAGAACCAUAGCUAAACGUAUGGUUACAUUAAUAUUGAUGAUUGUUAAAAUUGAUGAUGACAUUGAAAAAUUUAUUGACAAUUUUCUAAAUUUAUUUCAAAUGAAUAAUAAAUAUCUACUUGGUUUUAAAUCUUCAUCAGCAUUGAAAUGUUUUUUUAUUAUUAUUGGACAAUGGACAAGUCGAUAUCAAUAUCAAAUUGGUGCAAAACUAUUACAAUGGUCAUUACAAUUAGCAGAUGUGAUCAAAAACACCGAUACAGCACAAAGACAAUUACUAAGAAAUAAAUUUGGAUUUUAUGCGGAUCCAUUCGAUGCUCAUUUAUUUGAUGUUGAUCUUGCAACAUUAAUUGAAUGUAGUCUUCGUCAACGUAAUUCAAAUUCGUCAUCAUCCACAUCAUCGAAUUCGACAAAUGCUGCUCAAUCAUCUCGUCCAACUGGAAUGAAUGAUAAUUGUUAUGAUCCACGCAUCUAUUCUCGUUAUGGAACAACUGGUUUACCACUAAUUCCAAGUGAUCCUGAUUCAUUAUACUCAUCUGUAAAUGUUCAAUAUGCAUUAGGAAAACUUUUACCAAAUUCUCUUUCAUCAUCGAAUGCUUAUUUAAAACCAAUACCUGAUCUUUUCGAAAUAUCACCAUUGAAUUAUACAGUUCAUUCGUCGAGUGAUGGUACACGUCUCGAGUGUGUUGAUAUGACACAUUUAUUAACAUUACGAACAUAUGAAGCAACAAAUGCAACACCACCACCACCACCAAAUGUUACACUUACUGCUGGUUCACAUAAUCUAUAUCAUCCAACAACAUCAAGUUCAAUUUAUCCACCACAAAUGCCUCCGGCUAUUUCGACAUUUAAUUCAUCAAAUUCAUUUCCAUUUUCAUUUCCAACACCAAAUAUAAAUACGUAUUAUGAUACACUUUAUAUGUUACCACCAACAACAUCAAAUCCACAAACAUCAAAUAACGAUACGUCAACAUCAGCAACUGUUACAUUUCCUAUUACAACAACAACGAUGGAUAAUCUAAUAAAUAAUAGUUUAAGUGGCUCAUCCCCAUGGUUACCUCAUUUAGCAUCAAAAUUCAAAGAUAAACAAGGUUUACAAAAAGAAAAAUUAAAAUUAAUAGCAAAAAAAAAUAAAGCUGCUUCAACACAAUCAUCCAUAUUAAAAAAGAAUUCAAGUUUAUUUACUGAUCUUAUUCAUCAUUCAUCGAAAUCAUCUUCCUCAUCUUCAUUAGUACAAAAUCAACAAACAUUUUCAACAAAUCCAGCAUCAUCAACAAAUAAAAACCGUGUCGAUGACGAAAAUCUUGAACAGCAAAAAAUAACAGUUGAUGAUAUAUUAACAGAAAUAUCAAAUAAUAUUUAUCAUGGACAAUAUUUACCGUUAUAUCAAUUUAUAAUCGAUCGUUUAUCAAGUGGUAGUAGAAGUUAUUUUGUUUUAGAUUUUGGUAGACUAGUCACAUUAACUGAUAUAUUAAUACCAUCGUGUCAUGAAUUAGCUUCACUCAGUUUAGAUUUUUGGUCACAUGGUGAACAUAUUGAUUGUCAACGUUUAUUUUCUUCAACACAUAUAGCAACUCAACCACUCUUUUUACAUGAUUUACAACCAGCUAUAAUUGCAAGAUAUAUACGUAUUACAUUAAUUGGACAAUCAAACAUUUCAGUAUCAUCAAUACGUUUACCAGUUGGAUAUUUCUUUGGCUAUCCAUACAUAUUAAAUGAUGAUAAUGAUUCAACGAAUAAUAGCAAUACUUCUACUAAUAAUAAUGAAAAAUAUGCAAAAAAAUUACAAUCAAUUGAAGGCAUUUAUGAAACAUUGAUAUCAAAUUAUGCAUUAUGCAGACAAAGAUUAUUUAAUAUCUUAUCAUCCACAAAUAAUGUCGAAAAAAGUUUUAUAGAAAAUAUUUAUCAAGAAUGUAUACAAUUACAAAUACAGAUUAAUUAUGCUAGUAGACAAAUUAGUCAAUGCAGAGCUAUUCUGAAAAUGGAUAGUAUUCAAAAUAGUAAUCAACAACCAACAAGUGAUUAUUUGAAAUUAUUAGCAGAUUUAUUAACAAGUGAAUUAACGUCAUUAUCAGGAAUCAUGCAACAAACAGACAGUUCAUCUUCACCUUCAUCAUUUAUUUCGUUGAAUGACGCUUUACAAAUCUUCGAUACAUUUGCUAUUCGUCAUGUACAAAUAAUCGAUAUGCCGAAACGUCUUCUUCAAUUAUGUUCAUAUCAUAUCUGGUGGCCAGAAUUUGUUAAAGAAUGUUUUCAACGUUAUUUUCUCAACAAUGAAAUUUUAACAACUGAUCAACAACAAUCAUUAUUCAUCAGUCUUAUUGAUUUAUGUGAACAAACAUUAAUAACAACAAAUUCUCCAAAUGAAACCACACUUUCAUAUAAUCGUUUAUUAGCUAUUGAAUAUAUAAAUAAUAUAUAUAAUUUACUAAUAAAUACAAAUAAUAAUUAUCAAUCAAUUGAAUGGUUAUUAUUAUUUAUUUAUCGAUUAUCGGAAAAGAAUUUAUUUCCAUAUUCAUUUGAACAAAUAAAUAAGAAAACUAACUUUUCGCAGUUAAUAAAUAAAAAUUGGCAAUUUUUACAUACAUCGUCAAUAAUUCAAAGUCCACGUUUAACCAAUUCAACAAAUAAUUAUCGACGAAAAUUACGUAAAGAAACGUUAUUGAAAAAAUCAACAAAAACUUCAUCAUCAUCAUCUUCCGUUACAACACUUCAAACGCAAACGCAAACGCAAACAUCAACAAUCAUUGUGUCACCGACAAAUUCAAUUGAUAGUUAUUGCUAUCGUUCAUUAGUUUCACAAGUCGCACAAUAUUUAAUUCAAGUUUUAAUUCAAAAUAAAAAUUUAUCAAAUGAAUUAUUUAUUUUAAUAUGUAAAUCUCUAUCUGAUGUUAGUCGCUCAUGUAAACCAUUCUUAUUAUUAAAUGAAUAUAUUAGUAAAGAUGAUUUAAUGAAAUUAAUAUUGAAUACUGAACAAGUUUGGAUAAAGCAUGCAUUUAAUUAUUUCUUAAUUGAUUCCAUUGACAAUGAAAUAUGGUUACCAAAUGAAAUAAAUCAUAAUUUUGAUGAUGAUGAUAACGAUGAAAUUGAUAUUGACGAUGAUAAAGAAGUCAACGAUGAAUGGACUAAAAAGAAACAUUUUCCAGCAUUUAAAAAAUCAAAGAAAAAACCAAGUACACAACAAAUACUUGUACAAUUUCAAAAUAAAGCAGCCGAUCAAGACAUUCUAUAUCCGACUACAGAUGAUUUCCUAGUACUUCUAAGUCAAUCAUCAUUUCAACAACAACCCGCAUUAGGAAUUAAUUUAAUAAAUAAUACUAAUUAUGAUGUUAUACCAUGUUCAAUUGACAAUCGUCUUGAUGGUAAUAUGCAAUUUAUAUUUGAUUUAUUUACAAUAAAUCAAACAUUUAAAAUUCAAACAUUAUUAAAUAAAAAUUUAUUUCAAACCAAUCAAAAUCCGAUUGAGUAUAAUUUAAAUGUAAAAAGUAAUUCUCAAAAUCAAUAUGACACUAAUAAAUUCUUUUCACAAACAACAAUCGAUUUAUUAAAUGAAAUAUUUCAAACUAUGUUAUGUCAUUUUAUUGAACAAAAUCAAUUUAUAUCAUUUGAAAUCUUUAAUACAAUUGAACAUUUAUUAUCAUCAUAUUUAAUUAUUUCACUAGCGAAUUAUUCAAAGAAUAUGAAUCAAAAACAAUCAUCAACACAAACAGAAAUUAUCAAUAAUAAUCAACCACCAAUUAAUAUUAAUUUAAAACCAUUAUUCAUUAUGUCAAUUGAUACAUUAGAUAAGUUACUAAAAUUUCUCUUAGAAUCAUCACUAAUUACAAUACGUGUCUGGCAUCAUUUAUUUUCUUUAUUAUAUUACACAAGUACAAAUACUGAUUUAGCUAAACAAAUGAAACAAUUAUGGUUUAAAGGUGAUAUUGAAAAUAGUUUAUUUGCAAAAGUUUGGUUAAAAUUUAUUCAAACAACACCGGAUAUGAUUGAUGAAAGUACAGUUGAUAUUGUGAUUAAUUAUUUUGAACGAUUAUUUAUGUGUGAUGAUGAAAAUAUAAAUAUUAUGGAAAAUAUCAAACUAAGUAAACGAGUGGCAACAUCAGAUGGAUCUCCUCAAUCUCAAGAUACUUCAUCAUUGUCGUCAACCAAUGUCAAUAGUCUUUAUCUUGAUACUCUUCUAUCAAUUCUUGAUCGUCUUAUAAUCAAUGGAUUUCAUGGACCUCUGAAUUGUCAUCUUAAAUUUUUAAAUUAUCUCUUUAAACAAAAUUUUUCGCAAGCAACAUCAUUCAUACGUCUAAAACUUUGUCGUAACAUAAUUGAUUUUGUUUGGUCAUUCUGUUAUUCGUAUUCACCACUUUCAUUUACACAAACUGAUAUUCAUCCAUUAAUAUGUUUUCUUAAUUAUGAUCGAAUUCAUCAACGUCAAACAUCUUCUUCAUCUUCAUCGUCAUCAUCUUCAUCAAAUUCAUUAAUUCCUCCAUCAUCCGUUAAUAAAUGGCAAUACAUGAAUACAGUUAAUAAACUUUCUAUGCAAAAUAAUCCAUCGUCAUCAUCGUCAGCAGCAGCAACAUUAAAUGAUUCAACAACGAAUUCAAAAUCAACAUCAGCUCGUCGUCAAUGUAAUCUACAUGAUACAUGUAUUCGACAAAUGAUUUUAUUGAUAACGAAAUUAAUGAAAAAUAAAAAUGAAUCGAUUGACCAACAACGUAAACGUUUUAAAAUUGAAGAAAACGAUAUAAAAACAAUUGAGGUCGAUAGUGAACAUUCCAAUGAUAUUCUUGAAUCAAUUUAUAUUGAAAAACUUCUUUCAAUUCUUUCAAUGUGUCAUUCAUCACUUGAUUCAUCGCCGACAAUAUCAUUAAAUUCUUCUACAAAGUUUCUAGCUGCAUCGACAACAUCAACCAAUCAAUAUUCAUCAUUUAUUCAUACAACUAUUCAUUUAAAUCUAAACGAUUUAAUAUCUGUUGGUGAUAGCAUUUACUAUUGUUUAUCAUCAUUUAUAUCUCAACCAAAUUAUCUUUUACCAAUACUUUGUCAUUAUUUAACUUCACAUCCAUUACUAUCAUCACCAUUAUUAUUAUUUAUUAUUUAUUCAAUACAUAAUUCAAAAAUCUUAUCAGAAGCUUUAAAUCAAUAUAAACUAAUCGAUUUAUUAGUUAACAAUUUAAUUACAUAUUCAAAUUAUCUAUCAAAUCAAACGCAAAUUUCAUCUAUACAACGUUUUUAUGAUCAAAGACAAUCAUCGAAUAAUACUAUGGACAUUGGUUCAAUUAAUUUAUCGCCACAAUGUCAAAUUACAUGUUCAAAUCCAAAUGCAUCGUCACCAGAAAUUUUACUACAAUCAAAUAAUAAUCUUCAAACAGCAUUACCAUCAUCAUCACGUCGUUUACGUUCACCACCAUGGUCUUACACCUAUCAACCUAAUGAACAACGUUGUACAUUAACAGUACAAUUUCCUUAUUCUAUCAUUUUAAAAUCUAUUCAAAUAAUACCAUUUACACAAUUAUCAAUUAAUCAUUAUACCAUAAUCGAUCAAUUAAAUACAAAUUUAACACAAUAUCCAUCAUCAAUAACAUGUGAAAUAUCUUCGGAUGGUUAUUAUUUUAUACCAUGUGCUCAUUUAUUAAAUACGCAAGGACAACAAAUUAUCAAUUUAUCUUUAACAAAACAAAUUGAUAUUGUUAGACAAUUGCGUAUACAUUUUUAUAAACCAAUGGAUCAUGAUACAAUUGGUUUACAACAAAUAUCUAUUUAUGGUUAUUAUGCUUAUGAUCAACAAAUGAUUAUUGAACAAACAAGUCAUCCAUAUCAAACAUUAAUAUCAACUGUUUAUGGUAGACAAGUAAUAAGUACAAGUAAAAGUUCAAGUUCAUCAAUAGUAACAACAUUAAACGAUGACGAUAUUAAAUUAAUGUAUUCAUCAAUAAAAUCUUCAACAAUAAAUUCAAAUUCAAUCGAUAAUAGUCAUCAAGUAUCAAUGAUAUUAGCCGAUAAAUAUCGUUCAUUUAAUCAUUAUUUACAAUUAAUACAUUUAUGUUUAAAAAAUUCUAUUGAUUUAGAUGAUAAUCUAUUUGAAAAAUUUCUUUUUAUACUUAAAGAAAAAAUUUUUAUGACAAAUAAUUUUAUUUUUAACGAAAUAUUUAUUUUUAUUGGUAACCAUUGUAAGGAUAAACAAUUCGAAUUAUUUCUUAAAUAUUUAUUGAACUAUAAUCAUUUUAAUAUUUUGUCAGAAUUGAGUUUUAAUGAAACAAAUAUUAAUUAUUUAAUUGAUAAUACUAUUAACAAUGAAAUAAUUAAUGAAAAGACUAAGCAAACUAUUAAUAAUAUAUUAUGGAAAAUAAAAGAAGAUCAUGUUACUCUUGAUGAAAAUUUAUCAGCACAUUUAUUAACUAAUUUUUCAUGGUUACUACCAGCAGUAGCUCAUCAUAGACCAUUAUUAGCUAUGAAUUAUAUUAAUAAAAAUGAUUUAUUAAUAGAAUAUUUUAAACAAUUAAAAAUCUGUUCAUUAAGCGUAGAAUUUCUUAAUGAAGUAAUUAAAAAUGAAUAUUUUAUUAAAUCAAUUGAAGAAUUAAAUCAGCAAAUACAAUUGAUAUCAAAUAAAACAUCAAAUCAAUUAUUAAUCUAUCAUGCACUUGAUUAUUUAAUAACAAUAAGUAAAUAUUCAAAUGUUCAAGCAUGGUUUUCUCAAACAAGAAUUGCAUCGGAUAUAUGGAAAAACUUACUUGACAUAUUUAAUAGUUCAAAUAUAUCAUCAUUUAUUCAAUCACCAUCGAUUUUACUGACACAAUUAAUAACACUUCUUAGAAAUCUAUCUAUGCAAUGUCCAACAAAUCAAACGAAUAUGUCAUUAAUCUCUUCUUAUUUAGCAUUUUUAACUGAACGACGUCUUGAACAAAAUCGACCAUUAACAGGAUAUUUACAAUAUAUAUUAAGUGAAGUUGUACUGAAAUAUGAAUAUAUUCAAUGUUUAAUAAAUACACGUGACUAUCCAAUAAAUGUACGUGAAUAUUCAUCGUUUCAAAGAAAUUCACUUUAUCAUAAACUACUUCAAGACUGUUCAAUAUCGAUGAAUGUUGGACAAUUAAUUGAGAAAUUAUUUGGUUUUAAUUAUUUACAAGCAAAUAUUUGGACAGCAACCAAUUAUAUUAAAAAUAAAAGUUAUUUAAUAAAAGCAUCAAGUGAACCAAUAACUAGUAAUAAUAGAAGAAAAAUACCACGAGCUGAAUUACUUUCAUUACAAUCAACAAUAACAGGAAAAUUGGCAACAAAAUCAAUUGGUUCAUUAUCAACAUUAGCUAAACAUCAAAAACUGAUAUCGAAAUCAACAACAAAUGAAUCAUCAAUACCUAAGAAAACAUCAUCGUUAUCACUAGUCGAAAAUGUACAUUUUAUGUUACAUGUUAAUGGACAAAAGAAACAAUGUAUUUUACCCAAAACAACCCGAUUAAGUGAUUUAUUAUUAUCAUUUGAUUGUCGAUCGUUAAAUACCUAUGAAGUUGAUGUUAUGGAAUUUACUUUUGAUAAUCAUGUUCUAACUAAUGAUAGUCAAGAAAAUGACUUGAUCUCUCAUAAAUUAAUUGUUGAAAAUAAAGAUUAUCCAACAUUACUCGAUACAUUUGUUCAUGCAAAUGGUCUUAAAAUUCUUGCUCAACAUUUUGCUCGCAAUUAUCCAUCAAUACAAUCCUAUGAUGAAUGUCUAACAUCGUCAUCUACUCCAAAUACAAAUAUAUUCGAUAAAAUUAAUUUCUUCGAUUUUUCAUCAUUAGUUUCAACAUCAUCAACAAAUAAUUCGAAUAAUAUGACAAUGCCAUAUUAUGUUUUUAUAACAUUUUCAAUAUUUCUUCGUCUACCGAAUUAUGCACGUGCCAUGUUAAAAAAUCGUGCACUUGCAUGUAAUAUAAUACGUUUAAUGCUUGGACAAAAAGAAUCAAUAUUAAAUGAUCGUCAAGAUCAAACACAAAAUCAUCAAGAAAGUUUCGAUAUGCGUCAAUUAUCAAAAUUACCAUUUGAAACAUUAUCAAUUCUACUCAAAGAAUCUUCCAAUGAUUUACUCCAUGAAAUAUUACACUCAAGUAUUCUUCUCCUAUUACUUUCAUGUUUAUCAUCGAUAACACGUCAUCCACAUCGAAAACAAAAAGAUGCACUAUCAACACCAAUAUCAUCUUUAGCCAUGCCUCCUAUGGCAUUAUCAUCAUCAUCAACAACAACAACAACAACAGCAAAUAAUCCAACAAUUAUCGAUGAUAAUGAUGAUGAAUAUUAUGAAGAUGAUAUUGAACAAAUUGAAUCAACAACGAUUCAACAGUUAAAUACAAUUAAUAAUAGUAAUCAUAAUAAUCCAAAUCCAAAUUCAAAUUUUUGGGCUAAAGGCACAGGUUUCGGUACAGGUUCAACACAUUCACAAUGGAAGCCCGAUGAAAUAAUACAGAUUCAAAAAUUACAUGAAGAACAUGUGAUUUAUUUAUUCGAUAUAUUUUGUUCAAUAUUUUCCAAUAAAUUAUCUGAAGAACUUCUUGAUGAAAAUCUAAUUGAAAUAAUAAAUACAUCAUGUCUUAUACCUGUACUUGAAUCUUAUUUACGUAAUGAUUCAAUAUUGGAUAUAUCAAAACAAGGUGAUAUUCAUCGGCAUUGUUUACGUUUAGUGAAUUGUUUAUUACAUAAUAAUAGAUUAAAAAAUCUAAUUUAUCAAACAAGUAAUAUUGAAUCUUUAAUUGAAAAUCUUCUGCAAUGUGUACAAACAUAUACAUCGAUGAUACAAAUAGAUGAUGAUGAACAAUUAAAUUUAUUUUCAGUUGAAUUAAAACAAGUUUAUGAUAAAAUAAAGCAAGAUAGACAAAUUGAAAAGGAAAAUUCAAGUCAACUUAAUAUUGAUCAUAAACAACAACUAGUAACACUAGAAGAAUUUUAUUCUCAAACAAUGAAAUUAUUACAAUUUAGUACAUAUCCUAUAACAAUUGAAAAUGAAUCAGGUGAAAAAAUUCUAUUUAAUAAAGCAAUUAAAUAUCAUUAUGAAGAUAUGGUACGUGAUGCAUUAACAAUUAAUUCUAUGCAAAGAAUUAAACGUUUAGCACAAGAACAAAUAACAAUAUCAACAUCAUUACCAUUAUCAUUUAGUUCGACAAUAUUUGUCCGUUCCGAUGAAAAUCGUAUGGACGUAAUGAAAAUUUUAAUGACAGGUCCUGAUGAGACACCGUAUUCAAAUGGAUGUUUUGUAUUUGAUGUUUAUUUUCCAAAUGAAUAUCCAACAACACCACCAUCGAUUAAUUUAGAAACAACUGGAAAUCAUACAGUUAGGUUUAAUCCAAAUUUAUACAAUGAUGGAAAGGUUUGUUUAAGUAUAUUAAAUACAUGGCAUGGAAGACCAGAAGAAAAAUGGAAUUCAACAUCGACAUUUUUACAAGUUCUUGUUUCCAUACAAUCUCUUAUAUUCGUUCCUGAACCUUAUUUUAAUGAGCCUGGCUAUGAACGAACACGUGGUACAACAACUGGCACGGCUCAAUCGCUUGAGUAUGACGCUAACAUUCGUCAAGCAACAGUUCGAUGGGCAAUGCUUGAACAAUUACGCAAUCCUCCAGCCUGUUUUGCUGAUAUUGUACGGCGACAUUUCUUUUUAAAACGAAAUGAAAUCAUUGAUCAGUGUGACUCAUGGAUUCGUGAAUUACAGGAUAUAUCAACAACAGAAAAACGUAUCAGCUCAUCAAUAAGUCAACAUGUCGCAUCACUCAUACGUCAUACAAGUGAUCUUAAAAAAGAAUUAGCUUCACUAACACUGCCUGAUGAUUUUGAAAUCCCAUCUGAACUAACAACACUUUUACUUAAUGGAUCAUUCAAUAAUAAUAUAACAGAUCAAGCUACGGCUUCAUCGUCUUCUAUUUCUUCUUCUACAACAGCAUCAACAAUAACAACAGUAGCUAUUCCAUCACUUUCGGAUACAAACAAAAACUCCGAACAAUUAAUAAACUCGUCGACUGAUGAACACGCCGUACAAAUUAAAAUAGUACCCAAUCUUCAAUAUCAAUUAUCUUCAUCAUCAGUAGCCGCUACUGCUGCAUCUUCAACAACAGUAAUUGAUACAGAAACUCAACAAUCGUCAAAUUCAUCAGCUGAUAAUUAUGAACAACAACAACAAAGUCAAUCGCCAUCAACGAAUACAAAUACAUAUAAUGUAACUAUAACACAUUCAAAUAGUUUAAUAUCAGAUUGGACAACAACGGGCACACAAAAUGUUCCCUUACCAGAUGAUGGACUUAUCUAUGAUGAUUUACUUGACGAUGAGGAUGAUUUAGAUGAUGAUCUAGAUAUAGAAGACAUGCUGGAAUAUGAAGGUGAGAUACCUGAAGCUUAUCCAGAAGAUUUUUAUUGA